UGUAUAAAUUAGGGAGUGUAAUUGUAAACCCCGUGGUGUGUUGAAAUCUCCACCCUUUGAGUAAAGCGCUCCUAACCCUAAACCCCUCUGCUGACAAAAUUGAGGAACCUCAGUUAGACGAACAUCUUCCUUGUCUGCAAAUCAAUGGCGUACAGACACAGUCUUACCUACAGAUCAAUCCUUCUCAAACGGAAACACCACCCUUCACCACUUAGCUUCAUUAUCCACCAACACAAUGAAGAUCCCAAACAACAAUCCAAUUCAAAUCCAAAUUUAUUGCACCAACAUACAAACUUCACUCUUAACUCAUCAUUUCAAGACAGAUUAGCAAGCAGCAGCGGUUUUUCUUUUUCUUAUCUUACACCAAGUAUUGGCUCUUCAUUUUGUCGCUAUAUGUCCACAAUUGGCGAAGGAUCAGCAGAUGAAAUUGGGCUAAUCAGUGACGUUGUACUUACGGAUUCCAGUACUGUUGUUCAAUCUGUUGCUCCUGCCGUUAAUGAAGUGGCGGCUGCUGCUGCUGAUUCGUUCUUGCCUGUUGCUGUUCUUCAACAUGUUAUUGAUGCGGUUCACUCUUUUACUGGCUUAAAUUGGUGGGCUGCUAUAAUUUUAACAACCGUGAUGAUUAGAAUCGGAACUGUUCCGUUAUUGAUAAAUCAACUUAAAGCUACUUCGAAACUCACUCUUAUGAGACCGCGUUUGGAGGAGAUCAAGCAACAGAUGCAAGAUACCGCUAUGGACCCUGCAUCUGUGGCUGAAGGCCAGAAACGGAUGUCUAUGCUUUUCAAGGAAUUUGGUGUGAGUCCUUUUACUCCACUGAAGGGGCUCUUUAUUCAAGGCCCUGUAUUUGUUUGUUUCUUUUUAGCGAUCCAAAACAUGGCAGAGAAAGUGCCAUCCUUCAAAAACGGUGGAGCAUUUUGGUUUGUUGAUUUGACAACUCCAGAUACUCUAUACAUCUUCCCAGUUUUGACUGCAUUGACUUUCUGGAUAACUGUAGAGUUCAAUAUGCAAGAAGGUAUGGAAGGGAAUCCUAUUGCCGGUACCAUGAAAAAUGUAUCUAGGGUCCUUGCUGCUGCUUCAGUUCCAUUGACCAUGAGCUUUCCCAAGGCUAUAUUCUGUUACUGGAUAACAUCGAACUUUUUUUCGUUCGCAUAUGGUGGAGUGAUCAAAUAUCCUGGGGUAAAGAAAUAUUUGGGUGUUCCUGAAAUACCUGUGGCUCCGCCAAGUACUACACCGCAGACUCCUUUCAGUCUGUCCGCAGUACUUAAACAAGCCCUGGCAUCGAAACAGAUACCUGCCACAUCAUCGCCUGUUGAAUCACAGUCCAAGGGUUCAAAUCAAAGAAUAACUUCCACUUCAGUUCUCAGUCAGAAGAUUAAAAGUUUAGAAAAACAAGUAAAGGGAAGGAAGAAAAACAAGAAGAGGUAAUAUGUUAUUUUCCAUCUCAGUGGACAACACCUUUUUUGUUCUCGUAACUGCAUAUUUACAAUAUAGACGUGGAUGACCAGAAAUGAGGUUGAAUGGUUAUUAUAAAGAAUGUAGCAUUAGUGAUAUUCUUUGUUUUCCCAGAAACGGAAUAGCCAAGUUAAGGUAACUUAUUUAUUACUAAAUGGGAAAAGGUUUUGAUGCCUUAUUAUUUGAAUAAA